CGCACUGAGUUUCAAGCCAGCCAAGUUGUGUAGCGGUAGUGACGCUAAGCAACAGUGGCUGGCGGAGGAAGCAGGGCGAGGCGGGGAAGUACUGGGGACUUGCAGCCCGAGACGGGUGAUUGUGACCCGGCUCAACCAUGGGCUGCACACUGAGUGUCGAGGAUAAGGCGGCGGCGGAGAGGAGUAAAAUGAUAGACCGCAACCUCCGGGAGGACGGCGACAAAGCGUCCAAAGAAGUGAAGCUGCUGCUGCUUGGUGCUGGAGAAUCUGGUAAAAGCACAAUUGUGAAGCAGAUGAAGAUUAUUCAUGAAGAUGGAUACUCAGAAGAGGAAUGCAGGCAAUACAAAGUGGUCGUCUACAGUAACACCAUUCAGUCCAUAGUAGCCAUAGUGCGAGCCAUGGGGAGGCUGAAGAUUGAUUUUGGAGAUGUGGCUAGAGUUGAUGAUGCUCGGCAGCUGUUUACAUUGGCCAGUACAGCAGAAGAAGGUGUUCUGUCUUCAGAACUUGCUGGAGUUAUUAAGAGGUUGUGGAAGGAUACGGGCGUACAGGCAUGUUUCAGUCGAUCUCGGGAGUACCAGCUUAAUGACUCCGCCUCAUACUACCUGAAUGAUCUGGAUAGGAUCUCGGAGCCCAGCUAUGUUCCCACUCAACAAGAUGUGCUGCGAACACGGGUCAAAACAACGGGUAUUGUGGAGACACAUUUCACUUUCAAAGACCUUUACUUUAAAAUGUUCGAUGUGGGAGGACAAAGGUCAGAAAGAAAGAAGUGGAUUCAUUGUUUUGAGGGUGUAACUGCAAUUAUUUUUUGUGUGGCACUAAGUGACUAUGACUUGCUUCUGGCUGAAGAUGAAGAGAUGAACCGUAUGCAUGAAAGUAUGAAGCUGUUUGACAGCAUUUGCAACAACAAGUGGUUUAUUGACACCUCCAUAAUUCUCUUCCUAAAUAAAAAGGAUUUAUUUGAGGAGAAAGUAACCCGGAGUCCACUGACCAUCUGCUAUCCAGAAUACUCAGGUGCUAAUACUUAUGAAGAAGCUGCAGCUUAUAUCCAAUGUCAGUUUGAGGACCUAAACAGAAGAAAGGACACAAAGGAGAUUUACACACAUUUCACAUGUGCAACAGAUACAAAGAAUGUCCAGUUUGUGUUUGAUGCAGUGACAGAUGUGAUCAUAAAGAGCAAUCUUGUUGAGUGUGGCCUGUAUUAAUCUGCAGCUUGUAGGUAGACAGUUGACUGCUUUGGGAGCCUGGUUUAGAAGAGGUUGUGUCACCCUAUGCACAAGUCAUUCCUGACCACCUUCGAGAGAAUCCGCCUCCACAUCUUAUCGAAUAUGCAGAUGUCCUGAUGCAAGUCCCAGGGACCUGGAUGUGUGAUCCACACGAUGUUGCUUUUCACUUUUCCAGUCUCUCAAUGUCUCAAGAACUGCAUACAAUGGACAUAUGUGACUGUUGUAUAUUGUCUGCAAGAGGACCCUUCUUAGUUUCCAGAUUUAAAGAAACAUCAGUGUUAUCUGACAGUGACCUUUGGGACAUAAUAUUUCUAAAGCAUGUCGUGCUAUAAUUUCAUUUUUGUUACAUUUGACAUUCCCAGUGUUUAAUAUAACUGUUGCUUUUGAAAUUAUUAUUAUUAUUAUUUUUUUUUACUAAGAGGUUUUCACCUUUCAUUGUUGAAAGAGGAGAUGGUCAACCUUGCUUGUCCUCACCGAGUUUGUGCUUUUUUUUUUUUAUAUUGAAACCACUCUUCAGCGGAAUGGUGGAUGUCCUGCUGCAACUACUUUACUUGAUGCAAUUGUUCUCCAUUCUAUUAGAUAAGGUUGUCCAUAUGCUACAUGACAAGGUAUCUUACUAUAAAAUAUAUUUUCAUUCCUUGUUUUCAUUUGUUUAGGGUGAGCUUGUGCCAAAAAGCCUCACGUUUCUUGAUUAAUGAAAAUAUAUGGCUCCUCCAGUGCUUGCUUCACUUCUUUGAAGAUCACCUGAGACCCUGAAAGCCAGGACAUUCUGUAAUGCAAGUUUUGAGCACCUACCUUUUAAGUAACUGCCUUCUCACAUCUUCCACUUCAUGCACUUUUGCUACUAAUUAGUAAUAAAGUGCAGUAGCACUUUGUUAGUAGCACUACUACUGGAGCCAUGGGCAUAUGGACUAUAAAAAAGAGAAAGGAAGUAAAUAGGAAUGUAGGGGGAAAGAGAAGGGAGAAGGGUAAGGGAAUCCCAGGGGGCACAAGCACUUGUCAAUGUUGGGUGGAUAAGAGUGACUGGUUAAAAGACACUAACUGAGAAUGGGAGAUCCACGUUUGCCAGACUUGAGUAAGUUUUGAUUGAGUGUCUGUCAAGAUAGCAGUGAGUUUCUCAUUUAUCAUGAUUUUUUGUAACCUUGGUUUUCAGUUCCUCUCAGAUAAGGGUCAGGUUUUUCAGUCAGCUAGCAUUUUCAACAAGACAACAGCAAUGGCAGCCACAAUAUUUGUCUAAUGAUAGGUUUACUUUGACAGCUGACAAUGCACCUAACUGCCAUCUUAAUUACCAAGUCCUCUUUACAAAAUGUCCACCUACUAUGGUGCCAAAGCUUCAAGUCAGAGUUUAAUGAGGGUUGUCUUUAAUAUCUCCUGUGUAUAGACCAGCUUGUCCUACCUACACUGUAAAAAUCUGACGUUCAAAAAUUUUA